AUGGGCCUUGUACCUAACGCUGUUGUGAUGAUAGCUCCUAUUGAUUCGGAUGAGGACCCCAGUUCGAUGAAUCUCACUCAAGUCAUCAUGGCUAUUGCGAUGAUGCAACAAUUCGUUCGCCAAUUCUGCACAAACUCCGUGCCUAGGUUGACUUUUGCAAGUGGUUCAGCGGUUCUUGCUAAGGCUCUGUUUGACAAGUACACUGACGUUGAUAUGAUGCUUACAACCCCAUUGGACCCGAGAGGGAUGCGGGCUUCUGAGCUGAAGAGGAGGCUCAAGAAUCUGCCCGGAUUCGAGGUGGCGAGUUGCUUCCAGGAUGAUCUCGCCAAGACGGAGGCAUACCGUGCAGCGAUUCUCUCAGAGUGGCAAUUGUUAACUGACAACAAGCACGAUAGUGAUUUCCACAUGCCAGGAAAAGAGAAAGCUGGACCUUUAACUUUUCAUCGAGAGGCGGACCCCGUCAACAAGGAUGGUAAAGACUUCUAUGAUACUCACGGUCGAAUAGACUUCAAAGGAGGAUGCUGA